ACACAAAGGACAGACGGAAAGGAAGCAGCCAUGUUGAGCCAGCUCCUAAUAUCUCGCUUUUAAUAACGUUGCAGUUAAUUCACAGACAAAAGUGGACUUCUGUCGAAACUCGGACGAACGGUAAACCAUACCAAAAUGUCUACGGACGAUUUUCAGACGAAGUACUCCUCCGUCAUGGAGGGGAUGCUGAAGGGUGCAAUCGCAGAGACCACGAAACUUUUCGAAACUAUGGUCGACGAUCUGAAGGCAGAAAUAUCCAGAAUGAAGAAGGAGAACGAGGAGCUUAAAACAAAAUGCAACCAAUUCGAGAAUGAGAGAAACCAACCCACUGUUGACACCAGAGAAAGUGAGCCUCCUCCAGGGCCAAGCGACGGCUCUGAGAAACGUGACCGAGCGGUUCAAUGUGACCUGGCUCCUGUCCGCACGGUGCUGGUGGAGCAAUGUCAACCAUUGAGGCACUCAUUGCAAAAUCAAGAGCAACAAUGCCGUUAUGAGGAGGUAGAGUACUACAGUUUGCAGGACCACAACUAUGGAGAGCCGAAUACGCAAAGGCCCAUUAUACUUGUCAAACAAGAAGUGUGUGUUAAACAAGAGCACACUUAUGAUGAUUCUCCUCUGCAGUCUGUCCUGGUGCAGGAGAAAAUUGAGCCCACUGAUAACGCAGGUUCACCAUGGGCCUCUGCUUGUGGAGCUGACAAUGAAGGGCCUCUCAUUAAGGAUGUAUGUUCAAUUGGAGAAAUACCCUUACAUGUAAAAGAUGAAGAGGACCGAGAGGCCCUCGAACCACCCUGUUUGGGAAUGGAUAGUGAAGGAGCCCAGAACCAAUCGUCUGGAUUAGAGCAUUCACUAGUCCUCUCACUCGCUGCAAUAAAAGACAAUAUGGAAGAAGAGUCUCAAGUCAGUCAGAAGAUAUCAGAAACACAUGGAGAACCCGUUGCAUUGGAAAAACGCCCAUUGGAGGUUGCUCAGCAUCAACCAGAGGUUGAACCUCUUGAAAAGGAGCAACCAUCAGUGGUACCCCAACUGUGUCAAAGAGCGAAAGACAAAACCUCAGUUAAUAACAAGGCCGAUGUUACUCUGCAACGAUAUGCAGAUGUGCAAUCUACAAACGAACAGUUGGAACAACCUACACCACUCAAAAAAGGAGAAGCAUGUGGAGAAUUAAAAAGUGGUGUGGCAGUUGGUGAGUCAAGUCCCCAGCCUGAGUUGCCUGUACGACGUAGAAGAGGGCGUCCACCAAAGAAAGCCACAUGUCAGAAUCAGCCAGUGAAAGAAGUUGGUUCUCCGCCUGUUUCACUAGAAUCGUCAAGUAGAAGUAGUUAUUUAAGUAGAAGAUGUUCCUCUAGAAAGGAAAAACCGAAAAAAUCAGAAUCUCAACAAAUUUCGAUGGAAAUUGAAGAACAGGCAGUUCAGGCUCCGUCCACUGAAGUUUCAUCAGUAAUUGAAACGCAAAACACUGUUCAGCCCAGAGGACGCAGCAGCUCUGUAACUCUUCAGGAUGCAAUGCUAUUAGUUGAAGCCAUGAAUCAGUCAACGGUAGAAAAUAUGUUCUCCUCUCCAGAAACAAUGGCAACCCCACCUCAAACCCAGUGUUCCCCCAGUAUUGGUACCUUACAAACUGUGGAUGAGGACCCAGCUGAGCCACAGACACCGCCAUGUCCUGAUGAAACUCAUGAAGUUGCAGGCAAUCUGCCAAUAACAGAGGUGUCCACAACAACAGGGGAUGAGAUCCCAGCUGAGCCACAGACACCACCGUUUCCUGUUGAAACUCAUGAAGCUGCAGGGAAUUUGGCCAUAACCGAGGUGUCCACUACAACACAAUCGACAAUAGAGAAACUUGGUGCUGCUCCCGCUACUGCAGAUGCUACCCUAACCAAUAAAGCACAGACCCACAUCAAGGCUGUCCUACCAAAACAACCGCAUACGGUCACUCUAUCCAAUGCUACUACAUCUUCAAUGCCCUCAUCAACUGCUGCUGUUCAUACACGUAUGCAGUCACAUCAGCAGCACCCUCCCCAUCCUCUAAUAACAUCGGUAGCAGCCAGCAAACCGGGUAAGGCAGUAUCUCAUAAAAUAACUGCCAUGCCAAAAUCAGUAUCCUCCUUAAUACCUCACAAAAUAGCAGCACUGUUUCCAACCCAGCUUCCUAUUGUUUUGUCAACAGUCGUUGCUGCACAGAGCAUUACUUCACUUCCACACUCUACAACUGCAGGUCUGCCUCUCGGAACACUUUCCCUGGCCUCUGAUCCUCAGAAAACAACACACCCUAUGUCCAAUAAAAUGCUUCCCGUUGUCCCUUCACAGUCGACCGCCACCUCAACAGACCCACAGUCAGGAACUCUACCACACCCAAAAAUAACAAUUGUAAUUCCGAGACAGAUGUCAGCUGUGGCGUCAAAGAAACAGCAGUCGCAGAGCAUUCUUACGACAACCAAGCCUGACCCAGCCAAAUCAUCUGCUCCUGUUACAGUGUCAUCGUCGCAGUUGUCAUCUCCUUCAUCACAGGAGUUAAGCAUUUCUGUGGACACGCAAAACGCUUCAGAUAAAGUGGGCACAAAACUGGACGGAAUACUCAACUUGGAAUCUCCCGAACAAAUUGACGCUGGUUCUGAAACAGUAAAUGCACUUACAGAAGCCCGUUCUAGUUUAAACAAGUCAGUGGGGCUGGUGCCAACCUCCCUGUUGCCAGCGGAACCCACGACUUUUGAGAAAAAACUCACUGCCGUGGUCAGAUUAACCAGGCUCCCAUUUCCAGUAUCACCCAAAGAAGCAGUUUUAGUCUCAAGACUGCUUACUUAUGGGUCUUCUAAAACUCAAAGCAUUUUCAAAAAAGAUAUCACACAAACGAAACCAUCAUCUGCGGUCAUAUCAACACAGCCAGCAGAGGCACUUGUGUUAUCCACUGAUAUUUGUCCCAGUGUAAAAGAAACUUCCGUUGCUCUGUCUGCAGAUACCUCUGAGAUGUCAGAGAAGCCAAAUGAUAUUCAAAAGAAUGCAUCUUUAUCCUCAAACGACACCAUUUUGGAAGAGUCAUCCAACAGCGCGUAUGUGCAGCCAUCUACGCCAUCCAAGGUGUCGGCAACAGUUUUAAAGAACUCAACUACAGCCAUCAACACGACUGCGCUGACUGUAUCUGGUGCAGCUGGCGAACCUACUUUUAAUAUUGAUGAGGAAAUAUUCGAAGAUUGUGCGUUACCUACUGACCCACCUAUAGAAGAGAAACCAUCAUCUCCAGUUGUACGUCUUACCUCCAUCACCACCAAGAAAACACCUGAGCCUCAAUUACAAAUGACUCAAGCUCAGUUCCUGGCACAGCUGAGAGUGUCCCCUGUUACGCAAGAACCAAAACAGGCCUCCUCUGAUGACCAUGUAGAGCCCACCAGCUCCAGUGAGAAAAAAAGGUUACAAAGGAAAGGCAUUGUAGCCAAACUCCGAAGUCAUUUCAAACCUCACUUGCAAGCAAGAAGAGCAAUAACAAAUCCAGAACCACACAGAGAAAUGGAGACCCCCACUGUAAACAACAAGAAACCUAGAUUGGAGAAAGACAGUCCAAAUGUUAAAAACACAUCUAGAGAAUCUAUUUGCCUCAGCUCAAACAACUCAGGUGCAACUGAAGAUGUAACAACUCCAGAAAAGACAACUAAUGAUUCCGCAUCUGUUAGUCCUAGGAGAUCUGGACUAUGUAGAGCCGGUGUUGAACCCAAAAGGACUGAUAGAGAACCAAUUUCUGUCCGUUCUAGGAGGUUUAAGGCUACUAGAAAAUCCACUCGUGUGAGUCCCAGGAGGUCUAGUUCAGGUAGAGAUUGUGCAGGCUCCAAAACAAGAAAAUCCACUUUGGUGAGUCCUAGAAGGUCUAGCUCAAUGAAAGAAAGUUCUAACUCUAAAAACACCAAGUCCACUUUGUUGAGACCUAGGAGAUCUAGCUUAAUUCAAGGAAGUGCUCGCUCUAAAAUGACCAAAUCCACUUCGGUGAGUCCUAGGAGGUCUAGCUCAAACAAAGAAAGUGCUAGUUCUGAAAAGACAAAAUCCACUUCAGUGAGUCCUAGGAGGUCUAGCUCUAUUAAGGAAAAAGCUAGCUCUGAAAAGACUAAAUCCACUUCAGUGAGUCCUAGGAGGUCUAGCUCUAUUAAGGAAAAAGCUAGCUCUGAAAAGACUAAAUCCACUUCAGUGAGUCCUAGGAGGUCUAGCUCUAUUAAGGAAAAAGCUAGCUAUGAAAAGACAAAAUCCACUUCAGUGAGUCCUAGGAGGUCUAGCUCUAUUAAGGAAAAAGCUAGCUCUGAAAAGACUAAAUCCACUUCAGUGAGUCCUAGGAGGUCUAGUUCAAUUAAAGAAAAAGCUAGCUCUGAGAAGACAAAAUCCAUUUUGGUGAGUCCUAGAAGAUCUAGCUCAAUUAAUGAAAGUGCCUACUCUAAAAGUGCUAGCCCUAUAAAGACAAAAUCCAGUUUAGUGAGUCCUGGGAGGUCUAGCUUGAUUGAAGAAGGUGCUAGCUCUGAAAAGACUACAUUUACUUCAGUGAGUCCUAGGAGGUCUAGCCCAAUCGAACAAAGUGAUAGCUCUGAAAAGACUAAAUCCACUUCGGUGAGUCCUAGGAGGUCUAGCUCAAUUGAACAAAGUGACAGCUCUGAAAAGACCAAAUCCACUUCGGUGAGUCCUAGGAGGUCUAGCUCAACUAAAGAGAGUGCUAACUCAAAAAAGACAAUGUUGACUCCAGUGAGUCCUAGGAGGUCUAGCUCAAUUGAGGAAAGUGCUAAAACCACGUCUGUGAUCCUUAAGAGGUAUGAAAUUGGUACUACCCCUAAAUUGCCUACCAAUAGAACAAAUUUCUUCUGCCGUAGGAAGUGUACCCUCACUAAAGACGGUUCUAGCAGUCAGCAGGGCAAAAGGGAGGCUCAUUCUUCCAGUCCUAGGUAUAGCAUGACUACAGAUGAUGCUAGUACCAAAAACGAGAAGAGCGAUACAGGUUCCCCAAGUGUUAGGUGGCCUAAACUGGCGAAAGGUGGUUUCAGUCCUGUUAGGACAGGGGAAUCCACACCUGCUAAGAAACCCAGAUUAAGUCCAGAUGGUCCUAGUCCUCAAAAGAAUUUAAGAGUGGCGAAUGCUAAGAAGUUGGCAAAAGCAGCAAAAGCCAAAACCAUAGCAAAAAUGAAAAAUGCUAGUCAGUCGCAAUUGCAGAAUGGCGCUCAAACCAACCAGUUAGCAGAGAACCGUGCUUGCUGCGAGACCGUGAAAAAAAUUAAAGUUAAAGGUGUGUGGAUUCCUCCUCAAAUGACGCAUGUCAUUGAGACGCCUCCGGCAGAAAAAAAGAAAGAGCCAGCCCCCCCCCCAAGUGUUCCUCUCUCCCCCAUACCUGUCAGAGCACCACCUAUUGUAUCACCGUUACAGCCUUUAUCAGUCAUUGGUAGGCGUCUGCUCAAGAACCAGUGUGGGGAGUGCGGACGUGUCCUCAGCAGCAUUGCCGCCCUGGAAAGCCACGUCAGUCUCCACAAAGGUCGUCGGCCCUUCUCAUGCACGCUCUGUGGGAAGAACUUCCCAGACUCAAAAUGUCUUAAACGGCAUGGCCGGGUGCACCGCAAUGGUAGGAUCCAUAUCUGUCAGAAGUGCGGGAAGGGCUUUGUCUAUAGUUUUGGCCUCACCAAACACCUCCAGAUGGUGCACAGCAAGAUUAAACCUUUCAUCUGCCAGAUCUGCAACAAGGGUUUCCUCACAAAACGAGACGUGGAAGCCCACAUACGGAUCCACACUGGAGAGAAACCAUUCCAUUGCGACCUCUGUGGAAGGACAUUUACAAGGAGGGUAGAACUCAAUGUGCAUUUAAGGUGGCAUAAUGGAGAGAAGAGGCACUGGUGCCCGUACUGUGGAAAAGGAUUUUUAGACUUUAAUAACCUGAAAAGGCACAAAUAUACCCACACAGGGGAGAAACCACAUGCCUGCCCACACUGCCCGAAGCACUUCUCGCAGUCAGGCCACGUGAAAAAGCAUGUUAAAAAUGUACAUAAAAUCCAAUGAGAGAUGGACAUUCAAGAUGCCUCCCUGCUCCACUGAGAAUGUUAAUGACUUUUUAUAUUGACAGAUACAAAGCUGUGAUGUUAGAGAACUUGGUGCGAAAGGGAUCAGUUCAGUUUUAUUCUUUUGAUGCAAUGGGUUUGUAAAACAAUGUGUGCGUAUGGAGCUGGAGCAAGGAGGGGAUUUGCUAAGCGUAAGAGCAGUGAACGCAGCACAUCUAAAGCGUUUGAAUUGUAAACUGCGUACAGAUUAAACAAAGAAGAUAGGACAUGGUUAAUUAAAGAGCUUCAGAGACUUUGGACAGAGCCAGGCUUGCUAUAUCCCUCUGCUCCCAGUCUUUAUGCUGAGAUAAACUGUCUCCAGGCUCCAGAUCCAUAUUGUAUGCACAGCUGUGAGAGUGGUAACUCUCUGCAAGUAAACAAAUGAGCGCAUUUCCCAAGAUGUUAAACUUUUUAUCAUUAUGAAGAAUUUUCUUUAGAGCACUAUGUGCUCUUCACAGGGUACAGAAAAGUGAAGCAUGUAAGCAUGAUGUGUUCUGACAAUACCUUCAACCUUGGUUUCUAAGAUUACACACAUGUAAAAGUGUAUUUUUAUACACUUUAGCAUUUAUUUAAAUUAAUAAUUCAUUUUUAUUUUCAGACUGGUUAGAUCACCUGUGAACCAGUAUUAAAACAUAGUGUAUUUUUUGAAGCAUUAUGAAACAAAUAGUAGAGAUACAAUGGUGAAUGCAGUUUAUUUGAACAAGUUUAGUUGUGUACACAGCCCCAAGAUGGUGUAGAUAUUGUAAUGUUAUUUAAAAAAAAAUGCAAAGGUAAAUUAACAUUAACCUCAAGUAGCCUUUAUCAUGUACAUGAAACAUCUGUUUUAGACAUACAAACAUCAUGUAAAAAAAACACACAUUUUUACUAUCCUACAUGUUCUGUUGGUUUUAUCGCAACUGUUCACAAUGGAAUUGAGUUUGACAGUUUUUGCAGUUUUGCAGAAAAUCCAUGAAUGUAACCUCAUGGCCAUCGCAGCUCGGGAUAAGCAAACGGUUUUAUUGUUAAAAGUUGAUACAUUUUCCAUUCGAGCAGACACCCCCAGAUGACGCCGCCAUGAAGAAAUCCACGUCUGUUAACUUUACUUUAAUUUUCCUGUCAUGAUGGGUCUAAACAUACCUAAAGAGGAUGUGUCUGUUACAACAGACUAAAUGGCAUUGCUUUGAUAAAUCCUUAUUUAUUUAUUUUUUUUUUCAUUCUUAAAGACACAGUUGAAGCUUGUUUUCCAUUUUCUGUGUUCAGUGCUAACAUUUAGACCACUGUUGCUGACCCAUCCAUUUAGAAUUCUGACCCUCAUUUCAUUGUUCAUAUUCUGAAUUUACACCGUUUUCAUUGCCAUCAAAUGAAGAUGUAUAUGUUCUUGGUCCUGUCAUUUGAGAAAACCGGUAAUAAAUGUUGAUUUGUCAACCUAA